AUGCCGAGUUUCCUGUCGUCGUCGCAGCUUCAGUCGCACCGAUCUGCGACGUCGCUGCCAACCACGGGUAUUCUGCGAUCUGCGGGAUGGGACGACAGCAGCGACAAGCUCGAGGAGGAAAAGCGGCGUUUAUUGCGGAAACUCAAAGGACAGGAGUAUUUGCUGUCAAGGGUGACCGCGGGCCGACUCGCACUCCCCGAUGGCGGCGCGAAGCUGUCCGCGCAGGUGCGCAAGCUGCACGCGCAGCUGCAGCGGGUCGAGUCGCUGCUAGCGGCACACGCGGCGCAGCAGGCGGCGGGGGAUGCGGACGAGCAGGAAGCGGACAGCGCGAGUGUCGCGUUUAGGGUUUCGGGGAGGAGAGAGAGUGGGGGAGGGAACGUGAAAGGCGAUGCUGGUGCUGUUACUGCUGCUUCGUCUGGUGUGAGCGGCAUGAGAGGGGAUGAGGGAGAGGCGAUGAUGGGGAGGAUGGUGGAGGAUGGAGCAGAUUCGACGACGAGUCGUGUGGCAAGGCGGGAGGGUGUAUUGGUAUCCUCUGGGCUAGCUGCAUUGGGUGCAUCGGUGCGCACGCGCACGUCGUCCUUCCAGCCGUCCUGCUCGUCUGUCGCCAUGCGCCGCCUCUGGUCGCUGCACCGUGCGGUGGAAACCACCAUCGACGACCCGGCUCUGGAAGCUGCGGGUCGGCUGGAACAAGGCGGGGGUGCAGGUAGCGCAAACGGUAUUGGCUUUGCCGGAGGUGCUGUGAGUGCUGGGAACGGAGGGAGCGGAGGGAGAGAAGGGAGUGCAGGGAGCGCUGGCACGAGGGUGUCUCUCCCUGCUGGUUCCAGCGCCCCUCGUGUGGGGUCGGAUGGAAGGAUGUACCGGCUUCACAAUGGAAAGCUGGAGCGUGUGGGGGCAGAUGAAAAGAUUUCGCCGGAAGGAGUUCGGGCAGCCCGGGAGAAGGUCAGGAGGGACUUGAUGUGGGAGGCGGACCGUGCAGCUGUCCGGCUGGGGAGAGUGUUAAAGAUUGGUGAUGGUGAUGGUGGCGGUGGUGGUGUGGGUAAUGGUGAUGGCAGGGAUGCUGUGCACAGUGCUCAGCUCAAAUCUUCUCAGGACAUGAUAGAUGUGGCUACUGGGGCUGCUGGGGGGGCUUCUGGGGGAGCCUCCGGGACUUCCGAGGCUGCCGGGGCUGCUGGGGCGCCUGGGCGGUGUGCUCGAGUGAUAUCAGUGCUGGAGGCGGCUCAGCUGCUGGCGGAACAACGGACACGGAUUCGAGAAUAUGAAGAGAAGAUCAUGGCAUCUGCAGGAGGUGGCGCUUCUGACUUGAAGCGUACCAGUAGGUUGCCCACUUUCACGGCAGGUGCACUUGCAUGCAUGCGUGGGUGGAGGCAUGCAUGGGGACAUGCAUGGGGGCAUGCAUGGGUGCAUGCAUGGGUGCAUGCAUGGGUGCAUGGAUGGGGGCAUGGAUGGGAGCAUGGAUGGGGGCAUGGAUGGGGGCAUGGAUGGGGGCAUGGAUGGGGGCAUGGAUGGGGGCAUGGAUGGGGGCAUGGAUGGGGUGGGGGCAUGGAUGGGGGCAUGGAUGGGGGCAUGGAUGGGGGCAUGGAUGGGGGCAUGGAUGGGAGCAUGGAUGGGGGCAUGGAUGGGGGCAUGGAUGGGGGCAUGGAUGGGGGCAUGGAUGGGAGCAUGGACGGGGGCAUGGAUGGUGCAUGUGCGCGCGGGCGUGCAUGGGCUGCCCACAGCUGGAGCAGGUGCAUGUGCGUGCGGGCGGGCAUGGGUCAGCGGCACCAGGCUGCUGCGGCGACUCUGCCACUCCCUGUGGUGCGCUCCGUGCCCCUGCCACCAGUUGAGCCUCGCUGUGCUUGCAGCCUCGCUGUGCUUGCAGCCUCGCUGCUGCCCUCAUCAGGCGGCGCUCUGCUUCUCUCCCCGGGUUCUCACCGCCUCCCCACUGCUGGCCUCGCUCUCGGUGGCCAAUCCAUCUCUCUCCUCGCUGCUCUCCCCUCCCCCCUUCCCAACCCUCCUCCUCCUUCUCCUCCUCCUCCCCUCGGUCCCUCUCCUCCUUCUGUCCCCGCCGCCCCAAUUAUUGACUGUGGAGGGGGGGCUUGCCUUUUGGCCGUCUGUGAUCCAGCCACUGCCGUGGUGCCAUGUGGCCACGCGCGAUUGGUCCUCGCAGGAAUCACUGUGCGGAACGGCCGGGCAGGUGCGCCACGUGGCGGCUGUUUAUUGGUUGAGAAUCAGGCCGUCCACGUCAGCAAUGCCUCCUUCACCGGAUGCUCUGCGGCCAGUCACGGCGGGGCGAUCUCGGUCCUCAACGCGCCACGUGUCACACUCUCGCGCGUCCACGUCAGCGCCUCAUCCGUCUCCACCCACUCAGGAGGCGGUGGGGGCGUGGCGUUACGAAACGUGACCAUAGCGAGCGUGACAGACUGUUGGUUCAAGGGGUGUUCUGCGAAGGCUGGUUUUGGGGGAGGUGUUUACUGCGAAGCCAGUAGGGUGGAGGUGCGGGGAGGGGAAUUCUCGCGCUGCUCGGCUGAUGCAAAUGGAGGGGGGCUGGCAACGAGUGGGUGCUCUGGGCGCAUUGAUGGCGUCAGGUUCUUCGAUAAUAAGGCCACCAUCGGGGGCUGUAUGGCUGAUACCUCCUCUCCCUCUCUCACCGUCUCGCGCUGCUCCUUCCUCUCCUGCGUCGCCACCAACCCACUCCUCGACGCAUACACCUCCUACAUGCGUGGCGCCGCAAUCCACGCCAACCACACCACCUCCCUCUCCGUCUCCCUCUCCUCCUUCCGCAACGGCUCGAGCUUCAUGGGUGGGGCCGGGAUCAUGGCUUUAAGAGUCGCCAACCUUACGGUUACUGCCUGCGAGUUUCACGGUAACCGCGCGAUGACCCCGCAGGGCGGCGGAGGGGCGGCACUGGAAGGCCAGGGCUCGACCAUCACCGUUCGGCACUCGCGGUUUUUCCACAACAUUGCAGAAUCCCCCAUGAUGGCCUUUGGAGGAGCGGUCUAUGUGAUAGACUGCCCGAGCUUUCUUUCCAACUGCUCGUUUGUGGGGAACGAAGCAAAGCACACGACAGACGCGGCGACGGGUCAGGGGGGGGCGCUGCUGCACUCGUGGGGAAUGAUGGGGAGCGAUCCUGUGUGGAUGGAGGUGGAGGAUUGUGUGUUUGAGGAGAAUCGGGCGCGGUUUGCGGGCGGAGCGAGCUUUGAGAGCGACGCCGUGAUCAGGCGCACGCGGUUCAUCCGCAACGCGGCGUCUUUCCGCACUGCCGGCGCUGCGCUCUUCUUGCGUGAAGCAACAGUGGACGGCUCGCUCUUCUUGCGGGAAGCAACAGUGGACGGCUCGCUCUUCUUGCGGGAAGCAACAGUGGACGGCUGUGAGUUCACCGGAAACACAGUGCUGCACAACGGAGGGGCCAUAGUAACCGGGGGCGUGGGGCAGACCAACAUCACCCGCACCACCUUUCUUAACAACACUGCUCUCUCGGGGGAGGGCGGGGCGAUCUACGUGCAAGAGGCAACCACAGGCACUGUCCUCGUGUCCCACUCGCUCUUUCUCAACAACUCCGCUCUGCUCUCCAAGGGAGGAGCCAUUGCUUUCUCUGGCAACAUACUCGCUAUAGACAACUCCACUUUCGUUAACAACUCCGCCCUGGUCAAAGGAGGAGCGAUAUCAGUUGAAGGCACCUCUACAGCAGCAACCAACGGCACGCUCUACCCUGUCACUGUCUCCCACUCGCACUUCCUCUCCAAUCGGGCCGAUCUGGGGGGGGGAGCAAUCUCCCUCUCCUCCCAAGCAGCACUCAGCGCACUCAACUGCUCCCUCCUCCACUGCCGCUCCGGCAGCGGCGGCGCCGUUCUGAUCGAGGACUUUGGACGGCUCAGAUUGCACCGCAGCGAGUGCUCUUGGAACCAGGCACCAUCCGGGGGAGGCUGCAUCUCCCUGGGUGAGUUCGCCACCGCUACAGUCACGUCGUCUAACAUCACGGGAAACGACGGCGGGAACGAGGGCGGAGCGCUGCGAAUGACCGGCCAAACGCUCCUCUCCCUCUCCUCGUCUCUCCUCUCUAACAACUCCGCUUUAGACGGAGGGGCCCUGUGGGCGGAAAUGAACGCCCAGGUUAAGGUCUCCGGUUCGAAUCUCACCGGAAACACAGCGAAAGUGCAAGGCGGGGGGGUGUAUGCCAUCCACAAGUCCAACCUCUCUAUUUCCGACUCUCAGUUUGUGGCGAACCGGGCUUUGGUGGGCGGUGGAUUGCUAGCGGAAGGAGAGGUGGUGGUUUCAGUGACCGGGAAAUCGGGAUUCGAGCGGAAUGAGCAACACGGUGUGGUGCUGAUGGGGCAGACCAAGGCGAGGUUUCAAGACACGGGGUUCAGAGGGAACGGUGCGGGAGGGUCGAGGGACGGCGGGGCGGUUCAGGUCUCGGAUGUGGCUGUGGUGGUGCUGAUGGGGGGGGUGGUUAUGGAGGGGAACUGGGCGAGGAGAGGUGGGGCGGUUUUUGCUGAUGCUGACAGCAGCCUGACUCUGUCGGAUGAUUUGUUGGGAGCUGCAGCAUCAGGGGGAGCAGCAGGGUUAGGAGCAGCAGGAGGAGUGAAAGGAGCAGCAGGGGAAGGUUUAGCGGGAGGCGCGGAGGCAGCAGGGCCAUCCUCGUUACAAGCCCGGCUGCGGCCGCGGCUUAUAAGGAACCGCGCAGAACACCAGGGGGCCGGAAUAUUCGCAGGAGGCAACGCCACCAUAACCAUCGCAGGCGCCACAUUCACCAACAACAAAGCCGGCGAAUCGGGAGCAGGAAUGGCUGUUCUAGAACAGGCUCACGGCACCCUCACGGCGUGUGCUUUCAAGAGGAAUGUGGGCGGUGGGGAGGGCGCGGGGGUGUAUAUCAACCGGGGAGGGGCGGCGGGUGGGGAGGUGGGAGAUGCUGGGGCUGGAUCGGUGGCUGUGAGUGAGUUUCUGCCCCCAGGUGCUGGAUCUGUGGAUGGGAGUGGAGCUGAUGGCAACACUGACAUGAGCAACAGCACUGCAACUGCUACUGCUGCUGAUGCUGCUGCUGCUGCUGCCACUGGUGUGGCUUCAGCAGCAGCAGCAGCAUCAGCAGGGGGUGGAGGCCUGCUGCCGUUGGCGGUGUCUCGUCUGGCUUUCCAAGGCAACACUGCGGCCAGCACGAGUGUGGCUGCUACCCUGGGGGGCUCUGCCUUUUUCGACGCCACCUUUGAGCCGUCCAAGCGCUCGCCCUGCCUCCGCUGCCACCGCACCGACCCCAGGGACACCUUGGGCUCUCCUCCAACUUCCUUUAUGAUGUGGUGGUCAGGCAGUGGCGAGCGGGACACAGGGGGCCAGGCGCGCUACAGGGUGAGGGGGGACAUGGCCAACCCCGUCUCAGGGCUGCACGUCACUCUGCUCGAUGCUGCCGGCCUCCUGGCUUCCAGUGAUGACUCGGUGCUGGUUGAGGUGGUGCCAAGCCCAUUCAUUUCGGGGGAGCUGCGAGCAACAGCAGUGGGCGGCACUGUCACUGUGCCGCCCAUCACAAUCGUCCAAGUGCCUCCCUCCUUAACUCCUACUGCUUACCCUACGGCUUCUCCUACUGGUGGUAACCCCGCCACGGCUACUUUUGCUGACCCUGCUGGUGAUCCCAUCGCUUCUGCUGCAACUCCCGCUUCCAGCGCCGAUGCUCCUGAUGGGACAGCUGGCGUGCUCUCAUUGGCUGUGGCCGUCAGCAGCCCGCUGAACGCGUUCCCGCCGUUUCAGCGCACGCUGGAGAUCGUUUUCUGCCCGGCCGGGCACUACUGCGGGCCUGGCAAGGGCGCGCAGCACUGCCCAGAUGGCACCUUCUCCUUCCGCCCAGGUGCCACCUCCCCCACUGACUGCCUCCCCUGCCCCAACACCACCAACGCCCGCACCCACCUCCCCGCUAUGACCUGCUCUGACGGCGUUGCUGACGUGGCGGCGGGGUAUUGGCUGGAUCCCGGGAGCGUGGCGAACGGGCAGGUGGUGGUGUAUUCGUGCGAUGUGCUCAACGGGUGCCCCGGGUUCCAAGCUUCUACCCUCCAAAAUGGAAGCAAUUCUCAAAUUUACCCGAAUCCGGAUUCUAUUUCAGCACAAGGAGGGGGUGUGGCGGCGGCGGUGUGCGUCGGAGGGGAGGGGGAGCAGGCGCGGUGCAGAGGGGUUGGGGGGGAUGGAGAGGAGUAUGGGCAGUGUGGAGAGGGGUAUGCCCAGGUGCGGCUAUGCUCUGAGUGUGCUUCUGGCUUCUACUCUCUGCUUAGGGAGUGCCACUCGUGCACUGCCACCCUCACCAAUCUCUUCCCAAUCUUCCUCACGCUUAUCCCUCUGGCAUGGGCGGCCAUGGCACUACUCUCCUCCGCCUUCCACGCUGCACCCAUCUUCCUCACUCCUCCACUCCCUCUAUUCCCGCUCUUCCUCAUGCUGAUUCUGCUCGCAUGGGCGGCCAUGGCACUACUCUCAUCCGCCUUCCACGCUGCAGCCAUCUUCCUCACAGACCUGCAGCUGCUCGCACUCAUUGCAUCCUACACCGUGCCGCUCCCCACCUGGCUGAACCCCUUCAUCCAGCUCUUCCAGCUCUCACUCUUCAUCCCUGACCUGAUUGCACCGGCUUGCACCACACCCUUCGGCUACGAGCAGCAAUGGGCAGUCACCAUGCUCGUACCCCUUAUAGGCCUCCUCGUUUACACCGCACUCUUUGCCCUGCGCAAGCUCUACCUGUUUGUUUUCUGUAGCAAAAGCACCUCUACUGCUGCAGUUACCACCUCCACUUCCCCUCCUCCUCCUCCUGCUGCUGCUGCUGCUGCUGCUGCUGCUCCCGCUGCUACUGCUACCACCAGCAACACAGGAGCAGAGGACACUGCUUCCCCCAACCACCCUCCAUCCCACCACACCCACUCCGAUCCCUUCAAUUACACCCUAAUUCACGGGGUAACCAACUGGUUAGACCUCUGCUACGCGCCAGUCAUUUACCGUUGCCUGCAAGCCCUCCACCCGUACUUCUACGGGAUAGAGACGCUCGCCGCCGCCCCGACUAUCGUCUGGUUCUCCGCCGCCCACAACACCAUGUUUGCUUUGUCUGUAGUGGUGCUGAUGUUAUAUGGUGCGGGCCUGCCUGUGGGUCAUGCGUUGGUGCUAUGGUGGGGGAGAGGGGGAUGGGGGCGGGAGCGAGGAGGAGAGGUGGGGAAAGGGGAGGGAAGGGGAGAGGAGGGGAGGAGAGGGGAGAGGGGGAGAGGGAAGGGGAAGGGAGAGCGGGGGGGGAGGGGGGGAUGGGAUGCGCAUGCGUACAAGAGGCGGUGGGGGUGGAUGGUCAACCGAUACGACGAUCACUAUUACUGGUGGCACCUUACGUGUUAUGCGCGGCGGCUGUUCAUCGCCUCCCUGGCAGUCUUCCCCUGCACGUCCCCCGAGACACAGCUCUCCGUCACGCUCCCUCUGCAAGCCAUCCACAUCGGCCUCCACUUCGCCGCCUCCCCCCACUCCUCGCUCUCCCUCGACCUUCUCUCCUCCCUCCUCGCUCUCUCUGACCUUCUAUUCACGGUUGCUCUCACGGGGAAGAGCUAUGUGGUUGUGCCGGCGGCGGCGACAGCGCUGUUUGUGUGCGCGCUCGUGCUGCUGCUCGUGCCUGCGGCUCUGGCUCUGCUCGGCGCUGCUGUGGGCGACGUCACCGUCGCCCGCAUGCCCGCAGGGAAAGGGGAUGCCCGUGUGCUGAGCUCCAGGAUUGCUCACCAGCAGCAGCAGCGGCAGCAGCAGCAGCAGCAGCAGCAGCAGUCAAGUCAGCAGGAGAAUUCAACCCAGCAGCAGCAGCAGCAGCAGCAGCAGCAGCAGCAGCAGCAGCAGCAGUUGUUGGGAGUGGCAGUGGGUGGUGGUAUGCCCGGUCUGACAGGAUUGGCAAGAGCAAUGGAGCGGGAUGGUGCAGGGUCUUCCAGUGGGCGGCGCAGCAACAUCAGCGUUCUGGUGCGCAGUCUUUCCAAGCGAGAGGGCGUUGCUGGUGCCUCUGCCACUGACCUUCUCUCCUCCAUGUCCCGUAGCAAUUCCCGCCACGAACUGCCUGGAGUAGCAGCAGCAGCAGCAGCAGCAGCAGGAGGAGGAGGAGGAGCAGGAGUGGGAACAGCAGGCAUAGCCGAAGCGGCGGGGGGGGCAGCAGGGGGGGCUAUGAUAACUGUCAGCGGGGGUGGGGUGAUUGUGAGGAGUGGGUCCAGCUCGCAGGACGUACCAGUGCCACCACCUGCAGCAGCAGAGGCGACAGCAUGGGCCUCAGCCAUAGGCGCGUACAGCCUCGCUAGAAGCAGCUCGCGCCGCGAGAUCGUCCCCGACUCGCCACACGCCCCUGUUUCCAUGGGAAACCCCGGCCUGUUUUCUCGAAGCAGCUCACGCCGCGAGAUCGUCCCGGACUCACCCCGGCCCGUAUCAGGGGGACUAGGAGCGGUGCUAGCAGCAGGAGUACCGGGAACGCCUGUGACCCGGCCCGGGAUAUCUCGCAGAGAGAUCGUACCCGACUCACCUCUCACCUUCUCCAGGAGUGCUUCUCGCCGCGCUGCUCCUGCAGACUCCCCCGCUUCUUCCGCCCUCUCCACCUCCCCCUCUGCUGCUGGGCUCCCCAGCUUGCCCGGCCCCGGCAGCCUGGGCGGCUUCUCCUUGUCCCGUAGCGGCUCCCGCCGCGACCUCUCAGGUGAAUUCUCAGGUGUUUUGCCGGUCGUGCGGCAGUCCAUGUCGCGAAGCUCGUCGCGGAGGGAGAUCGUGGCGGAGAUCGAAGGGGAGCUGGCAGCGGCGGGGCUACCAGGGUCGCUUUCCCGCUCCCUCUCCCGGUCGCUCUCUCGGAGCGCGUCGAGGAGGGAGCGGUGGAACGAUGGGAGUAGUCACUUUGGAGGAGGGGUUGUGGAGGCUGAGGUGGUGUCUCGUGCUGAGUGGCCGCCCCGGCUAGAGGACCAUGUCACCUGGGCUGCUGCUGCUGCUGCUUCUGCUGAUCGCCACCUGGCGAUCCUGGUGCGCGUGGAGGCGCACAGGAGGGAGGACUCGCUCAGGCUUCUGCUGAGAUCCGAUGCCGUGCAGGACAUCAUUGCUUGGCUGACCUCGCCGCACUGGUAA